AUGCGAGAGUUAGGGUUUCACGAACGACGGUCGUGGAGGCGCGCCGGUUCGCGAAGAGGCGGCGACACCAGCCCCGACUCCGUCAUCUUCACUCUCGAAUCCAACCUCAGCCUUUUCUCCUCCGCCUCCGCCAGCGUCGAUCGGUGUUCCUUCGCCUCCGACGCGCACGACCAUGACUCCUUAGCUUCCGAAAUCUCUCUGCAUUUGGCCGCGCAGGAGCACGACGGUGAUUUCGCUCAUAGCGAAAGCUGGAGCGGUCCAGAUCCGGAUCCGAGUAACCGACAGCAACAACGACUUGCGGUUGUAGAUUCAGAUGCAUUACACAAAAAACAUCACCAAAAUCGUUUCUCAGGAAAAGGAGAGAAAGCGAAAGUCCAAAAGGAAGAAGAUAGUGACGGUGAUGACACUGAGGACGGAAAUCAGCUCUUGGAAUUUGAUUCGGCCAGAAACUCUUUUUCUCUUGCUCUCAAAGAGUGUCAGGAUCGGAGAUCAAGAUCUGAGGCGUUAUUUAAGAAGCACGAUCGGCGAAGGCCUGCUUCGUUAGAUCUGAACAAUGCCGUUGGCAAUGGCAACGUUUCUUCGCCUCGUUUGGGAUUAGGGGCUAUGAAGAAGAGCACGGUUUGUUCUCGAAGGUCUGGCUCUGGCAAUUUUCCGAGUCCUGGAACGCCUAAUUAUCUUCACGCUGGUGCUGCUGUGCAAAAGGGUUGGUGUUCGGAGCGAGUUCCUUUGCAUACGAAUGCUGCUCGCAAGCAGGUUGGCGCUGCUCUGUUGCCUUUCAACAACGGGCGGACUUUGCCGUCCAAAUGGGAUGACGCUGAACGGUGGAUUCUGAGUCCCGUCUCCGGCGACGGCACUGGAAGGGCCUCACUUCCAGCGCCGCAGAGAAGGCCCAAGUCGAAGAGUGGUCCACUUGGACCCCCUGGAGCUGCUGCUGUUGCUUAUUAUUCCCUGUAUUCCCCUGCGGUGCCUUUGUUUGAUGGUGGGAAUUCAGGGAGCUUCUUGGCGGCUUCUCCGUUUUCUGCUGCUGUUGGUGUCUCAGCUGCUGCUGACGGGUUAAUGGCCAGUUCCGGUGGCAGUUGUGGGGCGGCCCCCACCAGAACUGAUCCUUGCAUGGCUCGCUCAGUUAGUGUCCACGGCUGCUCUCAUAUGCAGAGUCAGUCUUCAUUGCCUGCCCAAGGGGAGAAGUUUGAUGGUUUCAAAGAUGCAGGCACCAAUGUGUCUCCUGCUAUUUCAAGGAGGGACAUGGCAACCCAGAUGAGCCCAGAGGGUAGUUCAUGCUCCUCUCCCAAUUUGAGGCCUUCUUUCUCUGCCUCCACUCCACCUCCCCUUCCUCUCUCAGAGUUCAAGAGUUUGCCUUUCUCUAAAAUGGAUAUCAGAGAUGUACCGGUAGAUGAACGUGUAACCAUGACAAGGUGGUCCAAGAAACACAGAGCCCUAUUCUCUGGCAGAGGCUCAGAAAAUGUUGACAGCUGGAAAAUUAAAGAAACAAGCAGUCGAUCUUCAUCUUGGGACAUUUCUGAAGGGUCAAAGACUGUGACAAAGGCCAAAAGGGAGGAAGCCAAAAUCAAUGCAUGGGAGAACUUGCAAAAGGCAAAAGCUGAAGCUGCAAUACGGAAACUAGAGAUGAAGUUGGAGAAGAAGCGAGCAUCAUCUAUGGAUAAGAUUAUGAACAAGCUGAGAUUGGCUCAGAAAAAAGCUCAGGAAAUGAGAAGUUCAGUUUCAGCCAACCAGGAUCAUCAAGUUGCCAGAACUCCUCACAAGGCUAUAUUAUUUAGUAGAGCCACUCAGAUGGGCUCUUUAAGUGGUUGUUUCACAUGUCAUGCCUUUUAA